CAGUGGCCUGUCUACCCCUGACAGGUGUACUUUGGAGUACAAGGUUGACAGUUGGAUGGCUGACUGGCCUUGCCAAAUGAAAGUAGCGUUUGUAUGGUUGACGGUAUCCAAAUUAGGUUCUGUUCAUUGCUUUGUGUUUUGAGACUGAUUUACCUGAGGUUAAAAAGGCUAGCUAUUCCUACACUAAAAGUUGGCCUCUUUCCUGAUGGGAAGCCCAGUGAACUGUUUUAUUGAAGUUAAUUUUGCCCGUCUUUUACGGCUGUGGCAAAGUCUGGGAAAUGUUAACUUACAUAUUUCCAGGGGACACAUCCAGAGAAUCCUCUAUAGAGUAGAGUAGGAUUACUGUAGAGUAGGAAAGCCCAGCUAUUGUGUUGACUCAGCCUGAGUGGUAAGCAAUAGGAACUUCUUAUCAAAAGGAUGUUUUGCCCUGGAGUUUAAUCCUCUGAGUAUUACUAGCCUUCAUUUCUCAUAUCGUCCAGGACUGUAUGAUUUCUGUGCCAUACAAAAAGGGUGGUGUUCGGAGUUGACAGGCAUGGAGACUAACCGGCUUGCUCAGAAAUCACACUGGGAGGAGCUUGAGAUGGUUAACUGAACUGCAUAGUGGAGGGCCGAGGGGAGUAGCCUGCAUAUGGCUGUGAGGUUAAUACAGAAAACUUUACCUCUUCUACAUAGUGGAAUUAUUAAUGGCUAUGUUAAAUAUAUAAAUUACUCCUAGGGUGUCCAUAUAAUGUUAGUAUGCAACUGAAACAUUUUGAAGCCCAUUACAUCUCCAGGCCCAGGGAAGGGGGGCGGGGGCGGGGGCGGGUGUAGUCUAAAGACCGUUUCUCUGUGUAGCCCUGGCUGUCCUGGAACUCCCUCUGGCCUCUAACUCAGAGAUGAGCCUGCCUCUGCUCCGUCUCCGCCUCCAGAGUGCUGAAAUUAAAGGCAUGGAUCACCACCUCCCAAUUUUCAGUCCCUAACUUCUAAAUUGCCCCCCUUUUCAUUUGCCUGGCCUCAAUCCAUGCAAAUCCGACUACACUUUCCCUGCAGUCCCCACUGGAGUCACUAAAGUCCCUGCCUAAUCUCUUCGUUCUAUCGAUUUAUUGGUCCCACAGCUCUCCAGCGAAGUCGAAGUCGUAUUUCUGUCACCGCCCCUUUCUCCUAACCACCCUAACCAACCUUGCCCCGCCUCCACCCUUCUGUGUAGCAGCCUCAGCCCCGCCCCCGCGGUAUCCCCUCCAAGCAACCUGCCUGCGUGAGUUGACGCCACAAUACCCUUCUGCUCCAGCUCCUAGUUUUCCGCAGUGCUGUAGCACAAACCCAGCCUUUCCCCCACGCGGCGCACUUGGCCCUGGCACCUGGCGCAGUGCAAGGCUCCUUCCUUGAGCCAUGGAUGCUGUGGAGCUUGCCAGACGGUUGCAAGAAGAGGCCACGUGUUCCAUCUGCCUUGACUACUUUACUGAUCCUGUGAUGACUACCUGUGGCCACAACUUCUGCAGAGAGUGCAUCCAGAUGAGCUGGGAGAAGGGGAAGGUGAAGAAAGGGAAGAAGAAGCAGAAGGGCUCUUUCCCCUGCCCCGAGUGCAGAGAGAUGUCCCCUCAGAGGAACCUGAGGCCCAACCGCCUACUGACAAAGGUGGCUGAGAUGGCCCGCCAGCACCCUGGCCUGCAGAAGCGGGACUUGUGCCAAGCACACCAAGAACCCCUUAAGCUGUUCUGCAAGGAUGACCAAAGCCCCAUUUGUGUGGUCUGCAGGGAGGCCCAGGAGCACCGAAUGCACAGGGUGCUGCCUCUGGAUGAGGCUGCAAGGGAGUAUAAGCUCAAGUUGGAGGAGGACAUAAAAUAUCUACGGGAGGAGAUAAUGAAGACAGAGACACUGCAAGCCAAAGAGGAGCAGACUUUAACUGACUGGCAGGAGAGAGUGAAAGAGCGGAGAGAACGCAUCCUGGAGGAGUUCCAGAAGGUGGUCUUGUUUCUGGUGGAAGAAGAACGGAGGCUCCUCCAGGUCCUGAAGAAGGAGGAAGAGGACACCUUAGGGAAGCUGCAGGACAGCAAGGCUUCCCUGGACCACCAAAGCCGUUCCCUGGAUCUGAUCCUGUUUCAGCUGGAGGAGCGGAGCCAGCAGGAGCCCCUCCAGAUGCUGCAGGAUGUGAAGGACACCUUGAACAGGAAGGAGAACCUCAGCGUGCAGUACCCAGAGGUAGUCCUCCCGGUGGCUAUCAAGACCGUGUGCAGAGUUCCAGGACAAAUAGAGGUGCUCAAGAGUUUCCAAGAGGAUGUGAUGCCGGAUCCCAGCUCAGCAUAUCCCUAUCUCCUCCUGUAUGAGAGUCGCCAGAGGCGGUACUUGAGCCCACCGCCAGAGGGCAGCGCCCCCUACAGCAAGGACCGGUUCAUGGCCUAUCCCUGCGCUGUGGGGCAGAAGAGCUUUUCCUCUGGAAGGCACUACUGGGAAGUGGGCAUGAAUCUCACUGGGGAUGCACUCUGGGCCUUGGGGGUGUGCAGGGAGAAUGUGAGCCGGAAGGACAGGGUGCUUAAGUCCCCAGAAAACGGCUUCUGGGUGGUGCAGCUGUCCAAGGGGAAGAAACAUCUGUCCCUGUUACCCAGUUCCACUCCGGUCACUCUCACGGAGCCUCCCAGCCACAUGGGCAUCUUCCUGGACUUCCAGGCCGGAGAGGUGUCCUUCUACAGUGUGAACGAUGGGUCCCACUUGCACAGCUUCUCCCAGGCCGCCUUCCCUGGGCCGCUGCUGCCAUUCUUCUGCUUGGGGGCUCCAAAGUCCGGGCAAAUGGUCAUCUCCACGGUGACCAUGUGGGUGAAGGGAUAGAGGCUGGGGCGGGGCACAGACACUAGGUGUGCCCAUUGGUUCCCCAGAAGGCAGGGUGUUUCACCACCGCGGCCACCUACCCAGGCUUCUCUGGAGCACUAAGAGUUAAUACCUGUCCUGGCAGGGCAACUAACCAAAAUACAAUCAAGAUUAAAAUGCUCAAGUGA